AUGAAUAUCAAGGACGAAUUUUGUGAGGUUUUAAUAAGGCAAGCUCAUCGCUUUAUCAGAUUUCCUAGGACCGAAGCAGAAACAAUAAAAUGUAUCCAAGACUUUGAAAAUAUAAGCACAUUUCCUCAAGUAGUAGGAGCAUUGGAUGGAUCACAUAUUCCAAUAUCUGCUCCUACUGAGAACGCGUAUGAUUAUCGUAACAGAAAGAAAUUUAUCAGUGUGAUAUUACAAGGAGUCGCUGAUGCUAAUGGKAGGUUCAUUCACGUCAACACAGGUUAUCCUGRCAGUAUUCAUGACGCUCGAGUUUUACGUAUGAGUUCACUAUUUACAGCAGUAGAAAACAAUCGUAUUUUCAACUCGCCUUCGUGUAGGAUUGGUGGUAGCAUGGUUAAUCCUUUGCUAGUCGCUVACCCUGUAUACAAACUCACCAGUUGGUGCAUGAAGCCCUACCCUCAAGCUAGAGGAAUCACAACACGACAAGAAGCUUUUAAUAAAUCGUUGAGCAGMGCGCGCGUGGUCAUAGAGCAAGCAUUCGGUCUUCUGAAGGGAAGAUUGAGAUGUCUAUUAGAUAAACUUGAUGAAUCAGUUGAUAAAGUGUCCACCACUAUCAUUACUUGCUGUAUUCUACAUAAWAUUUGA